AAGGCCCUCAUUCCCCGCCCCGUCGUUUGUCAGCACUCCUCUGCAGUUCGGCUAUAUCUGAGGGAAGUGUUCGCAGUGACAGGAAAUGUGCGAGCGAGUAGGAAGGGGAGGGCUGCGGCGCCGCGCACACAACAGCCCUGCUGAGACCUCAAUGAAACCCAACGUGACCGAGUCAGGAGAAUGGACAGGCCCCGCCGGCUCCUGCUGGAUAGUUCUGGAGAGCUGACCCAGAGUGCCGAUGACGACUGUUUACUGGACGCCCCUCUCCUACCGUCACAGAAACUUCAUUCUGAUAUCCGACCGUUGUUCUACCCUGUCCCUACAGUCACGGUCAGCGUUAUUCUUCUACUAGUACAGGUGGCAUUUGUAGCUCUGACCUGUGUAGCUGUAGUUUUAUGUAUAUCUAAUGGUGAAGAAGACCUAUGCAAGCCGUAUAUAGCACCAUUCAAUCUGACUACCACUGUGGUCAUUGCUAAAGUCAGUCUGUGGCUGCUUUAUGUGGUCUAUGAGCGUUUCAUUCAGCACCAGCACAGCAAAGUGAAAAACCAAGGCUAUCUUUCCUUCUACCGGUCAACAAAGUGCAUCAAGACCCUACCCCUGAUUAUUCACUCAACAGGCAAUGCGGCUGUAAAUGUGAUAAUCUCAGUCAGGGAUUCCUUUGGUUACAGUGAUCUCUAUAUCUAUCUCAUCCUGAGUGUCCUUAUACUGGAGCUGAUCCUAUCUGUGCUAUUCCUCCUCAUGUACACAGUGCGGAUAUACAAGUUCAAUAGAAUUAUGCCUAGACCAGAUAUUAUUGAAGAGGAGCAAAUACAUGCAUUUAAAGGUCACAUCCAACCAGGAAUUGGAUUCAGGGAAGGAACAAGCCUAGAAGAUGUGGUUGAAAAACAGGGAGAUACCAUAGAAUAUCUACAGCGUCACAACGCACUGCUUAGUCAACAGCUUCUGGCUCUUACAGCACAGCAGACACAGCAGCAAUGCAGAAUAGCGGAAAAUCAAGGAGUGUGACUCUGACAAAGGGCUCAUUCACACGACCAUGGUUUGGUUCCGCAUCCGAGCCGCAUUUUUUGCGGCUCGGGUACGGACCCAUUCACUUCAAUAGGGCUGCAAAAGAU